GCGAUUUAUGGCACGGCGCCAUUUUAAGAGUUAGCGCCUCACAGAGAACAAGAGGACACAUUUCAGUCGUUUCUUCGCCGAUUACGGAUCCGUUAAGAUUGUCCUGGGGACGAUUAACGGAAAUUCGGAGGAGAUUUCGUUCGCCGUCGAGCUCGGAGAUUUCAUUUCUGUGUUGAAUGCCGAACUGAGGUGAACAAUGACUCAGUUUCUGCCACCGAACCUGCUGGCCCUGUUUGCCCCGCGGGAUCCGAUCCCAUUCCUGCCUCAGCUGGAGAAACUCCCCCAUGAAAAGCAUCACAACCAGCCUUACUCCGGGAUUGCACCGUUCAUCAAGCACUUUGAGGACCCUCGAGAUGCUCCUCCGCCUACAAGAGCCGAAACGCGUGAUGAGAGGCUCGAAAGAAAGAGGCGCGAGAAGAUGGAGCGGAGGCAAACGGUCGUAGAAACCGAGCUAAAGUUGUGGGAUCCUCACAACGACCCGAACGCUCAAGGGGACGCUUUCAAGACUUUGUUUGUCGCUCGAAUUAAUUACGAUACAACAGAGUCCAAACUGCGCCGCGAGUUCGAGGUCUACGGCCCCAUCAAACGAAUCUACAUCGUGUACAACAAGAGGACGUCAAAACCCCGCGGCUACGCCUUCAUCGAGUAUGAACACGAGCGAGACAUGCACUCGGCCUACAAGCACGCCGAUGGAAAAAAGAUUGACGGACGCAGAGUUCUAGUUGAUGUAGAGAGAGGACGCACUGUGAAGGGAUGGCACCCACGUCGCCUGGGUGGAGGUCUGGGUGGCACUAGGAGAGGUGGAGCAGACGUUAACAUCAAGCAUUCCGGUAGAGACGACACCUCCCGCUAUGACGAUCGACCUAUUGGAAGCGACAGGGACCGCGAGCGUGGAGAUCGGCGUGAGAGGAGCCGAGAGCGCGAGCGCGAAAAGGAUCGCGGCGAACGUAGACGCUCUCGCUCAAGAGAGAGGCGCAGGCGCACCCGGUCACGUGAGCGCGACAGGGUGCCAGGGGGAAGCGUGGAAGAGGGCCCUAGCCGGCGCAGGGAAAGGGAAAGGGAGAGAGGAGGUGAAGGAGAAGCACCAGCACCACCACCAGCAGCCAAACCACGUGAAAGGAGCAGAGAGCGUGACCGAGACAGAGAGCGGAAGAGGAGAAGCCGGAGCAGGGAGAGGAGGAGAGACAGGGAGAGAGGAAAGGGAGCUGAGGGAGGGGAAGAGGGCGCCAGCGGGAUGACCGACGGCAUGAUGGGUGAAGGUGGGGAGCGAGGGAUGGACGAGUCCGGCUUGGGCGACCAGGGUCGAGGAGAGGAGGGAGGGCCAGAGGGUGAAGAGAGAGGCAGAGAUAGAGACAGAGAGAGGGACAGAGACCGGGACAGGAAGCGUAGUCACAGAGACAAAGAUCGGGAUAGGGACAGAGAACGCAGGCGAGACAGAGACCGGGACAGAGACCGUGAGCAUAAGCGGGACAGGGGUGAUCGCGAGCGUAGAGAGGAUCGACAUGGCUCUUUACUCCCCCCUAUGGGUGAGAACGAAGGCCUGGGUAACGGAGAAGAAGGGGAGGGAUCUCUCCCGCCACAGAUAGAGGAAGGUUCUCAGGACGGGAUGAACGCCAUGAUGAUGGACCAGGACUCCAUGCAGUCUGGAGACGGCUACGUUUCUAACGAAAACGGCUACAAGAUGGAAGCUCAGGGUGAUGAGUACUAAACACUUUUAGGUCCCUAAAAAGCAGAAAUAAAAAGAAAAACAAAGUUUCUAUA